AUGUCAAACUACAAUGUUAUAGAGUGGCUACGUGGCAUUCCCUUUGAUCAAUCCCUCUCCAGGCACCAUUCGCGCUCAACACUCAAGCGACGCCGCCCUCUGACUCCCGAGUCAACCGAUGACGAAGAGAUGGCUGGGGGGUCCAAAAAGAAACGUCACCAAGAUUUAGACCAAACACCGAAAGCAAAGAAGCUGCAGACUGUAGGGUCCGAGUCAGAAUAUUCCCUCAGCACUCGCUCUUCAGUCUCCCGCAAGUCCGGCAGCCAAUCACCUCAGAAACAAUUCAACGCCCUUGGCCGCCUUGACAGAGGCAUCGAAAUUCGCGAACUUUCCCUUCUUCGGAAUUUGGCUCCUGAUCUCAAAGAUUUUUUGAAUACUAUGCGCCGGGUGGCUCGUGGCCAGGGAAUAUUGCCGCUGUCCAUGAGAACACCUAUCGGGCAGAGUCAGGAUGACAGCGUCACCGAGCUCGACUCGGAUUUCUAUUUCUCUCAAGACAGAGAUCAGCUCGGGUCUACCCCUAGUCUAGAGGAUGUCAACGACAUACUUCAGGCUGCUGCAGAGUGCCAGGGAAACUUCCAUGCAGAGCCGGGCUGGAACAUGUUGGUUCACAGUGAAGUCCUGCGGCUUGCUUUUAGACCAGCUGGCCUGCCAAAGUUCGAGCACAUGGUGAACUUCAUGCCUUGCUCUACUGCUAGCCUCAUCGAUGCGUAUCUGCCCUCGUCCAGCGUGUCCAAGAAGGUUGACUUCUGUAUCUACAUCGACCCUGCCCACGACGACGACAACCCACCCACGGAGUCGCAGUCAGCUGUCCUGAAUAGUCGAGACCAGCUACCUGAUGGAGUCAUCAAUCAUACCGACUACUACCCCCUCCGCGAUCGACCUAUUGCACUGAGCAUCGAGACUAAGAGAACUGGUGAGGGCUGGGAUGGUGCCACGCUGCAGCUGAGCGUGUGGCAAGCAGCACAUUGGAGGCUCUUGGACCUACUCAACAGUGACCGGGAAGAUGAACCUGCACCCUUGCCAGGCUUUUUGCCUGGAAUCAUCAUCCAGGGCCAUGGUUGGUAUCUCGUCAUUGCAACGAGAGAAAACAUGAAGACGGUAUGCUGGAACAAAAUCAACAUUGGUUCUACCGACAGCGUUAUAGGUGUCUACCAGAUCAUCUGCGGCCUUCAAAUCCUUCGCAGAUGGGCACGGGAUUCUUACUGGCCUGCCUUUCGACGAAUAAUUCUUCCCAUGCCGACCUGA